AAUUGCUUUACACACGACACUACACACACGAUCUGCGAACGAUGCAUCCCUCCCCAACAGUGAUUCCUGCCUGCACGCUUGCUUUUGAUGCUGCCAAGUAGGAUCGUGCAGGCGUCGGCUGUAAAACUGUCGUCCGUGUAGCAGCGCUGUUUUGACCGCAACCCAUCUCUUUCAUCUUCUUCCUUGGAACUCCAUGAACCAUCCGCCGUCCUUUCCCCGGCGCCGGGCAUCCUUCUGCUUGUCUGACCGGUGUUAUUUUUGCUGCCUCCUUCGCGCGCUGGUCUACUUCUUCACGAUGACUAAUUCGGUACGGCGUCGCCGGAAAUCACCCAGCUUUCAGAGAACUAACUCUGAUGAAGGUGGUAGUCUGGACAUGAGUGAUAGUGAUGUCUCCUCUCAGUCAAAAUCUACAAGGAACAGCCGUAGAACAUCUCCUAAAAAGCUAAAAUCCGAAAUUAAGCAGAGCAUCAAUUGGAGAUGUGAUCCACAGAAGAUACGCGCCUUUAUGAAAGACCUAACUCCUGAACAGCUCAAAUGGAUAGAGGAAUUGGGAUUUGGAUCACUCAUCGAGAUGAUUGACUGCAAGUUACCAAGAAAGCUAACGAUAUGGCUUAUGUCAAAAGUUGACUGUGACAGCAAGUCUCUAGUAUUCAGAAACAGGAAGGUUUCUAUACUAGAAGCUGUUGAAAAUCUCCUCAAGUUACCAGCUCUUGAUAAAGAAGUUCCAAUGCCCAGGCCUGGUAGGGUUCGUGACAAGCCAUUCAGAGGUAAAACUGAAUUCAAGGCUGCUACAGCUGGUAGAGAAGAAUCACUAAACGAAGCGACAGCUAAGAUGUUAACGUACAAGCAGGAAGAAGACAAGGACAACUUUUGCAUAUGUUUCAUGGAAGUCAUUCUUUGCGCGUACUUAGCUCCAACAACAGGUUACCAAAUUAAUAGAAAUUACCUACUUGGAGCUUUGAAGGACUUGAGCGACAUCCCUCGUAUGAAUUGGUGUCGUUUUGCUACUGACUACCUGAUCGAGGGAAUUCGUGAGUCAAGGCAGAACAAAGUCCAGAACCUGAAUAUCGCCGGAUGCAUUCAUAUUCUACAUCUCAUAUAUAUGGAUCUACUAAAAUCAAAUUUAGUCAGCAUACCACAAGGUUACCCAAGGAUAAAAUACGUUGGCUCGCAAGUACUCAAUCAAAUAGAUCCUACUGGGAAAAAGAAGACGAAGGACCAUUGUCAGAUGUUUGAAAACUUCCUGGAUGAUGAAAAGUUAGCAAGGUUCCCACUUGCAGCAGAACCUGUUGAGGAUCUUAAUGAUACCGAAAAAUCAACACAUUCCACACCAACAGUUAGAGUGAAAUUAACUACUUCACCUUGCCAGGACAAACAAACAGUUCCUCCAAAGUUAUUACAAACUUCAAGAAAGUGUCAGGCCGAUAAUUCGACAGAUGAGACCUUGAUCAAACGCAUAAAGAAACUUGAAGAGCACUACAGAGCUGAGCGUCAGAAGUGGUCUACUCUCUUUGAACGCAAGCUUCACAAAAACAUCAAGAACUUGAAGUACAGAAAACCAAGGAAAUCGCAGCAUUGGUCCAGCAACAGAUUGAUAAGGCUCUGUUCCCGAUGAUUGAUAAUGCAGCUGCACCCAGUUCUCAUCACAAUGAUGAUCCAGUUUUGAACAAAGGAUCUAUAGGAAUAGAAAGUCCAUCGCACUCCAAUGUAGAUGACACUUUCCUGGUAUCUACCAAGUCAGCUGAAUUUGAUCACCAAACUAGCAGUCAUGUUGAUGAUAUCCCACAAAUGACAGGACGUACAACAUCAUCUCCAAGAUUCAUGGAUGCAACUGCUACUCAUGAAUCUGGACUGGCCUCCAAUAUGGUGUUAACUGAAGGUGGAAAAGAUGAAAACUUCAUUCCUGCUUCGUCAUCAGUUGAAGAGAUUACUCAGUACGACCCUUUUGUUCCCCUUCCAUCUACUGAACAAGAUUUUACUCCAACCGAUCAUAUUGUUCAGUCUAAACUUGAUCCUUCUAAAGAUGAAUUUGUGCAAAGAAUUUGCAAUUCUGAAAAUCUGCAGUCUGAAAAACAUGCACCUUCUGCAGUAUGCGUCAAUUUUACAGAAUACACAAAAGAGAAUAUUCCUGCAAAUGGUGUAUCUGCGCCAAACAUAUAUUCAGUCCCAAAUGAGCCAACUCCUUAUAUAAUUACCAACAAUGUGGGUCAACAAGUCCAGUCACAGCCUGGUGAAACUUUGUGAAAUAGCAUGUCAAAUGAAAUGUCAAAUGAAGAUUCAUCAAUGAUGAAGAUUGUUGGUUCUGAGGUUCAACCUGACAUGUCUUCUGUUGUACCUUCUAAUACUAAUAUCAAUGACCCGGCUAAUCCGAAUACAGUUAAUCAGGCAGAUAGUAAUGCAUGUGCUCUUGAAUAUGCAAAUUAGGAAUCAUCACGUAUUGUUUUGCAUGAAGUACCUAGCCAACUCACUACAGAAGAAAUUGGUUAUGUAAUCAAAGAAACUGGCAUAAUUCCUGCAACCUCAACCCAACCUGCAUCUCAAGAAUUAGUUGAUACUCCGUCAGAUAUUCCUGCAUCCGAUGUUAUUCAGAAGCCAUUGGCUGAGCAAUUGGAGAAUCUUCAUCUGACCAAAAAUGACAUUCAAUCAAAGAAUUAUAUCAAAACUGCGCAUACUGAUGCCACUUCAAAAGAGGUUCAAAUUAUAUCUUCCCCACCUUUAUCCCUUGAGAUAGCUGGUGAUGUUUCAAUUAUGUGUGUGAGUCAGAUGAGUAGGGAAUAUGAUAAUAUGAAGGCCCCGGAAAAUAUCACUAUUCAUACAAAAGAACAUACUGGUGCAUCUCCCGUUCCUGGAAUAGAAAGAACUGCAGUUAAUGAGGAGGUUAUUCAACCUUAGCCCAUUGUUACGGAAAGUUUUGCUCAUCCACAGGCCAGCACCUUCAGUUCGGAUGUUUUGCAGAAAGACCAUUCAUACUUACCUGCUGAUAUCCCCAAACCAAGCAGCGAACCAGAAGCUAUCACUUUGCUGGACAAUUUGGUUGAGGCAGAGCACAACAACUCCGGUUUGACUCUUCUUCAAACCCACCAUUCAAACUUACCUGCUGCUCAGUCUAAACCAACAACUGAACCAACACCUAUCACUUUACCAAUAGCUCAAUCAUCACCAAUGGAAUGCCAAGAAAUGGCUCAAUCUGAUAAAGAAGAACUUGACAAGUGUGUCGAAAUGAUUCUCUUUAUGAGUUCGGACAUGCCCAGCAAUAUGAAUGAGAACCAAGAAAUUGCCUCCCAUGGAAUUGAGAACAACUUAGCCCUAAGUCAUCAUAUCAAGGAAGUGCUGACCGAAAACUUAGAACAAUCUUUUGCAUUAGCAGAAAUGCAGACUCAGUGCACUGCAGGAGACGUAGAAUCAUCAUCUUCUAUCAGUACACAAGAAGUCUUUGCAGACCCAUCCCAAAUUGAGCUAACUGGACAAAAUGAACAUGAAUCCGAGGACCAUCCCUCCGACAGUUCAAGUGAAGCUGUAAGCUCUGAGCGCACUGAAGACGAUGAUAUCUCAAAUUUUGGGCAGCAAGUUUCAGACUCACAUACUUGUCGUUUAACUCUAAGACACAACUUGAGAGAUGUACAGAUAGUUGACAUUGCGGAUGAACCUUCAUCUCCUAAAACAAUUGAUUGUAAGCACAUUCGUCAGCUUGAUGAUCCAUUAUCAGACGGAGAAAGUUUUGCUUAUGCUGGUAGCAUCAAUGAAUCCAUGAGGAGUAGAAAACAGCGUUAUCAGAAGAAAUAAGAGAUCGCUGAAGGUAUUUCUGAGCUCAUUAAGAAGAAGAAAUAUCCGCCCAAGAUGUUGAACGACGUUUACAACACUCUUGUCGCCAGAAACAAGUAUAGAGGUUUGCGUUCGACACGUCAUCGUGACGUGAAUGAUACCGGCGGUACAAAGAUAAGGAUAGGUCAAGCUUCUGUAACAGAAAGAGAGUUUGUACAAUGCCUAAUGCCAAAAGGAAAGAUGUGCCAAAACAUGAUGUGGUUAAUGUCUGUUGCAAUGAUGCAUGAUUGGGGAUCAAAGACCAAGGUUAUUUUGGACCAGACAAUUAUAGUAAGUAAUCUUUGUUCUUCAUAGGUUAUUUCCUUUCCAUUAUUAUUAUCUGACCAGUAUGCACUUUCAUUGGACUGAAUUGUUGAAAAAACCUACGAAACGUGGCCACACAUUACUAUGCAAGAAGCUUAGUAAGUUGUCACUUGAAAAUCAUGAGCAGCUAUACCUCCCGACACUAUUUGACAACCAUUGGAUAUUGGUUGUCAUUAACUUCACACAAAAUACAAUUGAAAUUUAUGACUCUAACAAGAAGGUAAAAGAAGGUGAAGACCCACACAAGGUUAUCUUGGACAACAUGCGUACCAAUCUGCAAGAAGCAUUAACUGCUAUUCUCAAUCAGAGUGCUAUCAAUUUUAUCCAUUUCCCAAGGAAGUAUUGCUAUGCUGGAAAGCAAACAAACAAUGAUGACUGCGGUUUCUGGGUUAUUAAAGUCCUAUUGUGUCACAAUGGCAAAGGGCUGGUCGGAAAUUACAAGUGGGAAAUGGAUGUCUUCCGGAAGGAAAUAUGUUACAUACUGGUUUAUCACCGCUUCAAUGAUCUCAACCCAAGAAGGCCUGUGAUCCAGAAGAUAGCAUCCUCCGUCCAGACAAUAGUCGAAUGAUUCCUCAACGGCGUCGUUUCCUGUACUUACCAUCCGCGCCUGGUUGCAACUUAUUUCAUAUGAUGUAGUACUUUAUCAAAAUGAACAAAUUUCAUUCAGUCGAACCGCCGUGAUGUAUGGUACUGAUAAACUUUGUAUGGUUAUUUCCUGCUUUUGGAACAAAAUACUUAUUGCUAUGAUGUAACCAAAUGACAGCCGAAUGUUUUGCUGUUUUUAAGUUACUUCCUCUCAAUUUCUCUAUCA